ACACUGAUACACUGAGCACGCGUUCUCACUCUGUCAACUCGAUUAAAUCAGCUAAAACCAUGACUUAGUUAUUCAAAUCGUUUCAGUUAUUUAACUGGCAGCAAACGUUGUGGACAUUCAUAUUGUUUAGUUUCAUUUUGUUUUCUUUCUUCCGAUUUUCGUUGAUAACGUCUAGUCGCCAGUUUCAAUUUCUUUUAGACUCACACACACACACACACACACACAUUUUGUUGUUGUUAUUUAAGAAUUGUAUUUUUAUUCGUUGAUAUUGAAAAAAAAUGGCAUACAAGCAAUUUUCGACCAUAAUUACCAAGUCGCAUUUGCAUGCACUUAAAAAUAACACAAGUUUGACAAAUUCAUUUUAUAAAUGUAUGUCAAGUUCAGCAGCGGCAAAUAAAUCAUUAAACGUUGGAUUCGUUGGACUCGGGAAUAUGGGUGCACGUAUGGCAAAUAAUCUAAUUAAAAAGGGUCAUAAAUUGAAUGCAUUUGAUGUUGAACCGGCUGCUUGCAAAGAAGCCGAACGCAUUGGCUGCAAAAUUGUCGAUUCAGCUGAACAAGUUGCACAAAAGUCCGAUUUUGUCGUCACAAUGCUGCCGAAUAAUGAUAUUGUUUUCGAUACAUACGACAAAAUGGUGAAGAACGGCGUUAAAUCCAGCACAAUGUUCAUUGACUCCAGUACAAUUGAUCCAAAUGUUGCGAAAAAGGUUCAACAAUUAGUGAAGACGAAAGGCGCGUCAUUUGUUGAUGCACCGGUGAGCGGUGGCGUGAUCGGUGCCGAAAAUGCAACGUUGACAUUUAUGGUUGGCGGAACACAGGACGAGUACAAAACAGUUAAAGGAUUGUUGGAAUGCAUGGGUCAACGCAUCACGCAUUGUGGUGACUAUGGAAUGGGGCAAGCCGCUAAAAUUUGCAACAACAUGAUGUUGGGCAUCUCAAUGAUUGGCGUUUGCGAAACCAUGAACUUAGCGAUAAGACUGGGCUUAGAUCCAAAAACCUUCAACGAUAUCAUCAAUUCAUCGACUGGAAAAUGUUGGUCAUCGGAAAUUUACAAUCCAGUUCCUGGCUUGUGCGCCAAUGCCCCAGCGAAUAAUGACUACAAAGGUGGAUUUUCGACCGCAUUGAUCACUAAAGAUUUGGGCUUAGCAUCUGGUGUGGCCACAGCAUCAAAUUCACCGAUUCCAAUGGGUGCAAUCGCACAUCAAAUUUAUCGAACGCUCAUGUGCCGUGGCUUAGGAGAUAAAGACUUUUCAUAUGUCUAUGAAUUUUUAAAAAAUAAUAAUCAAAAAUAGAUUUUUUAUUUAAGAUCAUUCAUUCACAUUGCAUUUGCUAAUUUCUUCUAAUUUGGUUUUCGAUUGAAUACUUUGAGAUUAUUUUUAUAAUAAAAAAUGGUCCAUUGAUAAAGACAGAAAAAAA